CAGCGGCGGCGCGACGGGAGGGUGGGAGGAGACGCACCCGCUGGCGGGCGGGGGCGCUGGGACGCGGCUGGGGCUCCCGCCCGAGGUUCCUGGGAGUGUUUGGGACCGUGAACCCCGGCGCGAGGAGCUAGCGAGCACGGGAGCCAACGAGUGCGGAGUGGACAGCGGGCGGAGCGGAGCCGCGGGACGGAGCGGGCUCAGAGCCCGAGUCUCCGCGACUCGGCUCGGGACCCGGCGGCGGGGGCGGCGAUGUUUCACUGCAUCCCCCUGUGGCGGUGCAACCGUCAUGUGGAGACCAUCGACAGGCGCCACUGCUCGCUGGUCUAUGUCCCCGAGGAGAUCUACCGCUACGCCCGCAGCCUGGAGGAGCUGCUGCUGGACGCCAACCAGCUCCGCGAGCUGCCAGAGCAAUUUUUCCAGCUAGUCAAAUUACGAAAGCUUGGACUUAGUGAUAAUGAAAUUCAGCGGCUCCCUCCAGAAAUAGCAAACUUCAUGCAGCUGGUGGAACUUGACGUGUCUCGAAAUGAUAUUCCUGAAAUUCCAGAAAGCAUCUCAUUCUGUAAAGCACUGCAGAUAGCUGACUUCAGCGGAAACCCACUGACUAGAUUGCCAGAAAGCUUUCCUGAAUUACAGAAUUUGACGUGUCUUUCUGUAAAUGACAUCUCACUGCAGUCCCUGCCUGAAAAUAUUGGCAAUCUUUAUAACCUGGCUUCCCUGGAACUGAGAGAGAAUCUUCUUACAUAUCUUCCUGACUCUCUUACCCAGCUGCGGAGACUAGAAGAACUUGAUUUAGGAAACAAUGAAAUAUAUAAUUUGCCAGAAUCAAUUGGAGCUCUCUUACAUCUAAAGGAUCUCUGGUUGGAUGGAAAUCAGCUGUCAGAAUUACCUCAGGAAAUAGGAAAUCUGAAGAACCUACUGUGCUUAGAUGUCUCUGAAAAUAGGUUGGAAAGACUUCCUGAAGAAAUCAGUGGCCUGACUUCAUUAACGGAUUUAGUCAUUUCCCAGAACUUACUAGAAAUGAUUCCAGAUGGCAUCGGAAAACUAAAGAAAUUGUCGAUCUUGAAGGUGGAUCAGAACAGACUCACACAGCUGCCUGAAGCAGUUGGGGACUGUGAAAGCCUCACUGAAUUAGUUCUUACAGAAAACCGGCUCCUGACUUUACCUAAGAGCAUUGGAAAACUUAAGAAGUUGAGCAACUUGAAUGCAGACAGAAAUAAAUUAGUGUCUUUACCAAAAGAGAUUGGAGGGUGCUGCAGCCUCACUGUAUUCUGUGUGCGUGACAACAGACUAACUCGGAUACCUUCAGAGGUGUCGCAGGCCACAGAGCUUCAUGUCCUGGAUGUGGCAGGGAACAGGCUGUUACAUCUGCCUUUAUCCCUGACCGCCUUGAAGCUGAAGGCUUUGUGGUUGUCUGACAACCAGUCGCAGCCCCUACUCACGUUCCAGACGGACACAGACCACACCACAGGAGAGAAGAUUUUGACCUGUGUCUUGCUUCCUCAGCUGCCUUCUGAACCUACUUGCCAAGAGAACCUCCCUCGCUGUGGGGCACUGGAGAGCUUGGUGAAUGAUGUCCCGGAUGACACCUGGAAUGAGCGUGCAGUGAACAGAGUCAGUGCAAUCCGAUUUUUGGAAGAUGAGAGAGAUGAAGAAGACAAUGAAACGAGAACACUUCUGCGGCGAGCCACUCCACACCCAGGGGAGCUAAAGAACAUGAAAAAGACAGUGGAGAAUUUACGGAAUGACAUGAAUGCUGCUAAAGGACUGGAUUCAAACAAAAACGAGGUCAAUCACGCCAUUGACCGAGUGACCACUUCUGUAUAGAACUUCACCUCCAAGUUUUACCUCCCGUGUCUUCCCCUGCUGUUGAGAUCCUGUCUCCUCCCCAGGAGCAACGCGUGGCCCUGGGGCUUCACCAGAACGUUGUGCGUGCCCGUCACCGCCCCGGAACGUGUGUGCGUGCACGUCACCGCCCCGGAACGUGUGUGCGUGCACGUCACCGCCCCGGAACGUGUGUGCGUGCACGUCACUGCCCCGGAACGUGGGCGCAUGCGCAUCACGGCCCAGGCCGCAUGCUGGGCUGCUGCUGUCCCCAUGGAAGUGCCUUAUUCCGGCUCCUCAGCCAGCCAGGGCACCAGUGCGCCCCCGGUAUGCCGCCUCUCCCCUGACUUCUAGUCAUUUGUCAUAAGUAGAAUACACUACUGUAAACACCUGACCUUUGCUUCUGUCUUAUGUUGGGGUAAGGGAGCGCAGGAAGGGAAGUUUUGUUGAUCCUCCUCCCUCCCAUAAAGUGCUGGGACAUUUUGAGCCCAAGUUCUCUUGGACCUACUGAUGAGAGAUAGUUUUACGUACGGCGCAUAAUUGAUCCUUUUUUAAAAAACUUUUUGGCAGCUCAGAUGGUGUAAAUUUAAAAAUUUUGUAUAGGUAUUUCGUAACAAAAAAAAAUGUGUAUUUCUUUUUUGUUAUUUUAUCUUGGAAACGGUACAUAUUUUAGCAUUUGUGCAGGAAAAAAAAACACAAAACAGUCCUAAAGUAUUUGUUUUCACUUGUACCACCCACUUGUGCCUUACUGUAUCCUGAAUCAUGUCAAACCAGUUGUACGCAGUGGCAUCGAUGAGCAGUGAGAUGAGACUAGGAGUGUGGUACUUUUAAAGCAGUGUUGGAUUUUAAUCAGUAAUCUACCUGGUGGAUUUGUUUUUAACCAAAAAGAAGAGUUACCACCAAUUUGUAAAUUUUAUCAGUAGAUUUUUUUUAAAAAGAGGAACCAAAGGAUUAGACUGCUAAUAUUUCAUGUCUUACACUUUAACUUUUUAUGAAUGAGUCUCUUGUAAUGAGUGCAGCAUCUGAUUGUACCUGUUUGGAAGGUAUAUGCCAUUUGUAAAAUAAAAUAGAGGAGAAAAGCACAAAAGGAGAAAACUGGUUCAGAAAUUCAGUGGAUAAAUUAACUAUGUACUGCAAAAGAAAGUAUGAUUUUUAUGGAAGAAAGCUUUAAAAGUUUUAUAUUGAGAUAUAAAACCACAAUAAAGCAAAAUAACCAUAUUAGAAAUGUUGCUAUCUUUGUAAGUGCAAUUUAAUUUGUAAAUAGAAUUUGAAUCAAAGUAUAACAAAUACUUGCUUCCAGUAUUAAUUUUAAAUCUGUUAAUUUAAGGGGCAUGGGGGUAUGCUUUGGUAUGUUUCUGUUGAUUUCUUUCCUUUUUUUUUUUUUUUUUUUUUUUUUUUUGGUAUAAUGUCAUAAAAAGCAAUGAAAGUACCAGUCGCUAUGUGGUAUCUAGGAAAAUCAUGAUACUGUUGGUUUUUUGUUUUCUCUCCAUGAAAUAAAAUCAUCCUGGAAUUAACGAUA